AUGGCUCCCACCACGGCACCUCGUGUCCGCCGGACCGCCCAGAAUACUCAAUAUACGUAUAACCUCACCCAUCGUAUCCACGCCGUUCAAACCUACCCUGUUUUAUCGCCACAGGGCGCUACCAUCAUAAUCUACGGCCACGAGAACGGUAUAACAAUAUUAUGGCGCGGGGGUCGGAAGUUCAAGACCGACGGUGCUAAGGAAUCUGAGCGCGGCUCCAAUACUAAACCGAAUGGAAAGCCUGCUGCUGAUGUCGUUAUGAUCAUUGAUUCUGAUGAUGAGGAUACUGCGCUGAUCGGAAAGGGCGUAUUUGUUGACAAUCCUGAAUUUGAGGAUUUCUCCGAUGAUGAAUCUCCCUAUCCCGAAAUCGUUCAAACCCUCGAUCUUGAAUUUGGCACGGCUGUACUCCAUCUUGCUGCGCUACCCUUAACACCAUGCACGGCCGAAGACGCAGCUUGGGGAGGCGCUGAUAUCCUGAAGGAGAAGAUGGUCUUUGCUGCCUCAUGUGCUAAUCGUGAUCUUUUCCUCAUCACACUGCCUCUAGUGCCUCCAUCACCACAAAGCAAAGCUCGGGCUGAAUUGCAAGAGAGUCUACUGGCCGGUAGAGUUGGCAACGGCAAGUGGGGUGAGACCACGACUCCUCUUGAAGGCCAGAUUCGACCUAGUGAUGGAUUGGCCAUGUCUCUCAUCAGAUCCAAGGCUGUGCUCGAGCGUAGCAAAUCGAACGACCGAUCGCGCCCCGAAUCCAGCUCCUUGCCACGAGUGAUCGUAGCUGCUCAAUCUCGUGAAGCUUCUGGCAUUCUACGACUAUGGGAUGUACCGCUGGAAGACGCAUCCAAGGUUGGCCGCCGUAUCCAACCAUUCCAGACUGAAUAUCUACCCAAACCUCUCACAUCCAUCUCUUUUAACCCCACCCACUCGACCCAACUACUAUGCAAUGCUUCACCCGAUGGUGUCAGGAUAUACGACUGUGCGCUUGCCUCGAUGCCUCCUGAGGAUCUGUCCGAGGGCCCUUUCCCCUCCCAAGGUUCCUGGCUUAUCACAUUCUACGCCCCCUUUUCUCGACCUUCCUCGACACGAAAACCCAUACUGGCGGCAUCUUGGAUCGCCCACGGUCGAGCCAUUUUUGCUCUCCUUGGCGAUGGACAGUGGGGCAUUUGGGAUAUUGAUGGCCUAUCUCCACAGGGUCCUGCGCUCUUUGGUAAAGCUGGUUCUGGUAUUCGCGGCGACGCAUUGACAGAAUUUAACGUAUCUGGCUACGUUGAGGGGACAAGUCCUUUGCGAAACCCCGCUUCUUCACGCACUUCUGGUGGCGGUUCUGAUUUUGUCCCCAUGACUCCUCAUUCCCGACGUGACGCUUUGGCGACCCCGAACGGACCCGAACGCCUAGCGUCAGUAAAAGGCGGCAUUGUAGUGACGUCUCUGCCAGCAAGCUCGACCACGACAUCCGAUGAAAGUGUUGCUUUAUGGAUUGGAGGUGCCGAGCACGUCUUCAUUAUUCCUGGGGUUCUAAAAUUCUGGGAUGCACAGAUACGUAAAGGCGUGGGUGGUGGCGUCAACCUUUUCAGUGGAGCGCAACCGACACGAAUGGUCCGUCUCAACGAUUUAAGUGUUGGGUUGAUGGGUGAACGUUGCACCAAUCUUGGUGCCAUUGUUCGCUUUGUUGAUAAUGUCGAUGCCAACCCAUCAGGCAAUGAAGGGCUGCCUUGUGAACUGGUGGUUUGUGGUGAGACAAGGCUAGUUGUCGUUCGAGAGAGUGAAACCGUUGUUGGCACCAAAAUUGGUGGUGUCAUAGGCCGGCGAAAGAGAUUAAGUGGACAAAAAGAGAAUAGCGCCAUUGUUGUCUAUCCUCGACCAGAGCAGCCCGGCAGCAUUGCUUACAACCUAUCUGUCGGUCCCCGAAGGAAGCUUUCAAGGCCAGGCAUGGAGGGGUUGUUCAGUGGAUCACCGAUAAAUAGUUUUUCGACGCAGACAGAAUCUGAACAAAGACCUCUACAUCUGCCUACGAGACCGAGAUCCGGCUUUGCAUUUGCUGACAGCUUAAACGCUGCAGCUGAUGCCGAACAACAGGACCAGGAGGAUGAGAGAGACGUCGAGGUCGAAAUGCUGGAUAUAAUGGAAAUCGACCGCGAGUUGGAUGCCCUGGAUAAUGGUAGAGGAAGAGGUCGGAAGAAGGUCAUCUUCGAUUCGUAG